AUUGAGCGUGACACACAAAACAAAAAAGUUUCAACCGCUGGGAAGAACUAACGGUACCUGUCGACUAUUCAGGGCCACCUCUGUUUUCAGGUGUGUGGAGAGACAAGUGAAGAGGUAGGAAAUGUCUGAGCUAAGUGACGAAGCCAGUGAAUCAGAGCAACUGGGUGCCAGCCUCUCUCUAUGGCUGGGUGACUCCCUGGUGCGGCCUGAGGAGCUGGAUGUCCCUUUGGACCUCCACACUGCCUGCUCCAUCGGCCAGUACGACGUGGUGGCAGAGUGCAUCAAAAAACGUGAGGUGGACUUGAAUGGCAAGAACGUCGGAGGAUGGACCCCACUGAUGUAUGCAUCGUACAUCGGCCAUGACAACAUUGCAAAUCUCCUGCUCGAGGCAGGUGUGAAUGUAAAUGCCACAACUGCCAAAGGAUUAACCCCCUUGAUGCUGGCAGCGAGCUGUGGGAAUGAAAGUAUCGCAUACUUCCUGCUUCAGCAAGGUGCUGAGUUGGAGCUGAAGGACUCUCGAGGCUGGACCGCUCUGUUCCACUGCACAAGCACCGGCCACCAGCAGAUGGUCAGGUUCCUGCUGGAUAACAAUGCUGACGCCAAUGUCAAGGAGCCAGGGUCUGGUUUCACUCCCCUGAUGGAGGCUGCUGCUUCUGGACAUGAAAUCAUUGUUCAGUACCUGCUUGAUCAUAAAGUUAAAGUAGAGGACCGCAACGCUAAAGGAGAGACUGCCCGUGCCCUGGCUAUGAUGUACGGAUAUACCAAGAUCGUCAGCCUUAUUGACUCACGUUCUCCAAGGAUCAAACCAGGACAUUUUGAAGACCUGAGCUCCUCAGAGGACUCGGACAGCGCACCCCCACGGAUAAGGCCAAGUCGAAGCCGAGCUAAAGGCGUUAGCAUCCAUGAUGGGCCCCAGGCCAUCGCCAAGUUCCGAGUAGGAGGCACCAGCAAACUGUGUGAGCCUCCUGUAGCUCCACCAGGCUACAUGACAUUUCGUGACAUCGGUGAAAAGAGUGAGGGCAUCUGCUACCGUGACGUGACAUCACCCAUCAAUGAGCUGGAUGGCCAGAGCAACAGCAGCAGAGAUGACAGUCCAUUCUUCGACAAUGACAUGCCCACCAUGAGGAGCAGCAGCAGCAGCAGUGAAGGCUUGCCUCAUGUGAUUGGCCUCAACUGGGAAGGCUCAGUGGAGAGUAAUGAGGACUCUGACCAAUGCAAAAAGAGCAGCUCUCGGAGGGUAAAUAAGAGCCAUCACUUAAAAGGCAAGAGUCGCCAUGGAAGCAGCGAUGCAGCUCACUCCAGCAUUACAGGGAACUGUGGGAUGCUCUCACAUGCUGGUCUUCCACCCUCCUACACUGGUCCAAAGGAUCUGGCGGAGUUCUUGGAACAAAUUGGCUUCUCUAAGUAUCUCCCCGUGCUUGAGGAGCAAGACAUUGAUCUGCGGAUAUUUCUCACCCUGACUGAAAAUGAUCUCAAGGAAAUAGGGAUCACAUUGUUUGGACCCAAGCGUAAGAUGACUUCUGCGAUUGCACGGUGGCACAGCAGCGCUCGACCACCCAGCGACGCUCUGGAACAGGCUUAUGCUGACCAGCUUGAGGCGGAGAUGCAGGAGAUGGCCAUUCAACUACACAAGCGCUGUGAGGAGGCGGAGGGUCUGCAGAGCCAGGUGUCUCAGGAGAAGGAGCUGCGCACCGUGAUGGAAGGAUGUCUAAUGGAGGAUAAGAUGGCAUGGAGAAGGGUCCAUGCUGAGCUGGUGGAGAACCAUCGGCUGGCUCAGGACAUGAGCGCCACACUGGCGAAGUCCAGGACCUGUUGUGGUGACCUGCUCUCCUUUUUGACUACUGAUGGGAAUAGCAGCUCCUUUACUGGUGUGGAAGAUAAAACAAAGGGUGACAAUGGUGUUAAAGCUGGGGAGGGACUCACACGUGUUACAGAGCUACUAAAGAAGCUGGACUCCUAUGAAGAAGAGCUGGCUGGGACCCUGCAAACUGUGCUUCAGAGUCUGAGGCGACUGAGUGCCCCCGAAAAAGUCUCAGAUAGCUGGGAACGGCCUUAACCUUCACAGAGGCUUUUUGCCAAUAUUCGACGGAGGGUGAUCUAACCACCCUGAACAAUCUCACUGACAUGAGAGAAGGCAAGGCCAGCCCUGCCAGACCACUGCAGCUCGGGGAGGGAAUAAGCUGACCUGCUGCUCCUCCGGGAUUGGCGGAUGGACCAGAGCUCGCCAGAUGCGGAUAAGGCCAAGGGUGGCGGCGGUUACUGCAGAGAAACGACAAACAGGCAGGAAGGGUACCUGACCCUCACACGCUUGUGCUGGUGUAAACUGGACUCCAGUAGCUGGGUUGGGAAAAUGCACAGAGAGGAGAGAGUGGAUGCGGAUCAGAGGCUGUGAUACUGUGAAAUGUUUUUAAAAGGCCGUUCUCUUGCCCUGUAUGAAAUGUGGGUUAAGUUAUCUUCACAUCACAAGCUGAAACAUUUCUUAAAAGGUAGUCAAAGUUAAAAGAUAUUCUGCAGAGUUAUACUUUAUCUGAAUGAAAUCUUAUUUGUAUGCUGUUUGAAAAUGAUGUCCUGCUGAAUGCAUUUUUAGUUAUUCAUUUACAGUAAUACAUUACGUUACAGCAGAUUUCUCAGUGGUGCAAUGAAAUGGUUAGUGUGUCAUUCAGUAGAUUCACUGCGUGGCUUCCUAAAUGUGAUCUUGGACAUGAAUUAAAACCUUGUUGCCCGAAA